ACAUUUUACUUUAUUAUUAGCAUAAAAGACUGUGUGCAGAAAUGAAUAAUGACAAUCCAAAUAUUAUAUUUAAUCCACUUAUAAGUUCCAUACAGAAAGUGGUACUCUAUGAAACACGUUCGCGCUUGUAUUUGGUGGGCAGCAACAAUCGCGAAACCCGAUUUCGCUUGCUCACCAUCGAUCGGUUGGCGCUUAACCGCUUGAGCAUCGAGGAGAAUGCGAAUGAAUUCAACAGCUUGGAUAUACGCAGAUUUGUGUCUUCAUUGACAGGCUCUCCCAAAGUUACCUCUGCUUAUGGAGUCUUGGGCUUUGUGCGUUUCCUCGAGGGCUAUUACUUGAUACUGGUUACCAAACGAAAAUGUUGUGCCCACAUUGGCAUGCAUUUGGUGUACACGAUCAAGGAUACGGUGAUGGUCCGUGUCAACGAGGUGACCUCCCAGCGGCCUCCACACCCGCACGAGGAGCGCUACAAACGUAUAUUCCAAAACAUUGAUCUACGCAGCAACUUUUACUUCUCAUACUCGUAUGACCUGACCCGCACGUUGCAAUACAACGAAUCUGCUCCCCGUUAUGUGGGUACCAAGGUGAAUCUGGAGCGGGACGAGCCGCUGCCCGAUUGGAAUAAGCUGACGAAUAAUGUUGCGCAGGCACACGAACGUGUCGACUACGCCUUUCGCAGUGAUUCACGCAAGCGCUUUGUGUGGAAUGCCUACCUGCUGCAGCCAAUGGAAGGCAUCAUGCUUAAGGAUUGGCUCCUGGAGGUCACACACGGCUACGUUAGCCAGUCCUGCAUUAGCAUCUUUGGCAGGCAUGUGAAUGUUUGCCUCAUAGCACGUCGCAGCACUCGCUUUGCUGGCACACGAUUUCUGAAGCGAGGCGCCAACUUUAAGGGCGAUGUAGCUAACGAAGUGGAAACGGAGCAGAUUGUCAGUGAUGGCCAGCGUUUGUGCGCUUUCACUCAAAUGCGCGGAUCAAUACCAUCCCAUUGGUCGCAGGACAUAAGCAAAAUGGUGCCAAAGCCACCCAUACAGUUGGACAUCUCUGAUCCCUAUGCUCAGACGCCAUCGCGUCAUUUCGAACGCCUGCUCUUUCAUUACGGCUCUCCGCUUAUCAUGUUAAAUUUGGUUAAGAAGCGUGAGCGACGUAAGCACGAGUCCAUUAUUUCCAAAGAGCUACAGAACAGCAUUAAGUAUCUCAAUCAAUUCUUGCCGCCGCAGCAUCGCAUGAAGCACAUACAUUUUGAUAUGGCUCGACAGAGCCGGCUCAGCGGCGGCAAUGUCAUGGAACAGUUGGCCGUCCAUGCGGCCAGUAUUAUACAGAUGACGGGUAUGUUUUAUAAGGCGCAUCGGGGCAGUGAGCUUAGUUUCCAGACGGGCAUCGUUCGUACCAAUUGUGUUGAUUGCUUGGAUCGUACAAACUCGGCGCAGUUUGCCAUUGGGAAAUGCGCGCUGGGUAAUCAAUUAGAACGAUUGGGUUUUGUGAAGUCAGCUAAACUGGAGUUUGACUCGGAUUGCGUGACAAUGCUGGAACAUCUAUAUGAGGAGCACGGUGAUACCUUGGCUCUGCAGUAUGGCGGCUCACAGCUUGUGCAUCGCAUCAAGACCUAUCGCAAGACGGCAGCCUGGGCGUCGCAAGGCAACGAUGUAAUGCAGACUCUUAGCCGAUAUUACAGCAAUACAUUCAGCGACACGGAGAAGCAGCAAAGCAUUAACUUGUUUCUGGGCCUCUACAAACCAAGCUUUACCAAAUUAAACCAACCCAUAUGGGAGCUUCAAACGGAUUACGAUAUGCACAAUGCUUUUGUGCCGAGCACAUCGAAUGCUUCUAUUACGGAUUGGGUUAGGCACAAGGUGCGCGAGUGUUUGCCCUUUCCCUGCGCAGACACCAACAAGCUAGUUAAGGAGCUGUUUCGUGUGCAUAGUAAUGGUUUGGAGAUGAUUGAUUCAUACUCCAAUUACCAUCAAUCCUUUAAGUGGACAGAUCUAAGCGAGCACAUAGAAUUCGAGAUCAGCCAACUUGCAACGCGAUAUAUGCCCACAUUCCGCACCAACUACAGCCCCUUUCAGCGUCAGAUACAGCCGUCGCGGAAAGGCCGACAGAAUCCAUCGAUGACUGGCCAAAGCUCUACUGGUUCGACGAAUAGCAACUCCUCUAGUUCCAGUGAGGGCGAGGACAGUUCCAGCGACGAGGAUCUCAGUGCCAGCUUUGCCGAAAAGGAGUCCAAGCAAACGGAAACAGCUGAGCCGGCACCAUUUACACUAGCCUCAAUGCUGCCUUCCAUGGAACAGGUGUAUGGCGUCACCAUCAAUCCGCCGUCCAAACAGAGCAUGUCUAUAUACAAAAAGUACGUACAAAUGGGUAAAUUGUCCAGUGGUGGCGCUCAGCCAACCCAAACGGCCGUUGCUCAACGGGAACAGGAACAUGCCAAAAUGAUGCGGGGUAUCACACUGCGACCGCUUAGUGACUACGGCACCGAUUCCUAUCUGAGUGUACAGCCGCCAACUGUGCCUGCCAAGAGUCAACUCAUUUAUGCCGAAUACUGCAAGAUACCACGGAACUUCAAUGCGGUGCCCAAAUUUGAAGAGCGCGCUUUGUUAUAUCGUUACGUUCAACAGCUUGAAAAAAGGUUAGAUUUCGAGGAAGCAACCGGAAGUGUAUAGAAAUUAUCAUAUAACUCUUAGAAUGGUUAUUUUAUGUGUUAUGCUGAGUGUAAAAUAAUGAUGUAAAUAUUUAUUGUAUACACUUAAUAUUUAAUUCACUUGUAUAUUGAUAAAGAGCUUUAAUAGCAUCUACAUAUCCAAGACUUUUGGUACAGAUAUGUCAAAUUUGUAAAAACCCAACUGACUA